GUGAUGUUUAUGAAUCACCGAACUGCUACAAAUUUAUAAGAAAAACUCUCGGAAAAAGUUCAUGUAUUCAUACUCAGCGUGAAUGCGAACAAGUAGGCGGGAACAUCGCCGUAAUAAACAGUAUCGACGAGUACGAGCAGUUGACAGUUAAUGUGCUGUCAAAUUCAUUAUGGAAAAGAAGUACCUUUAUUGUUCAAGUCAAAAAUCUCCAACACGAUGACUUAAGUAUGCCUACUGGAUGCGCAAGAAUUAGGAUAGAAAAUGGACCUAUUAAUGAUGAUGUAGACAUAAAAAGCACUAAUUGCUCUACAAAUAAACGGAUGAACACUAUCGUUUGCGAGUCUCUGGAUUUGAAUACGGGAAUAUGUCCUACCAUGCCAGUAACCGAAGUGAUGAAAACAACAACGGUACAACAAGCAGUGAGUGUUUUGCCCACAGUCAGCCAAUCAUUCGUUACAGACGGAAUAAUAGAAAAAUACACUUCGACUGUAUUUAUGCAUCCAUCAAAAGGAAACCAAUCUGACAUAGAAACUGGUCCUGAUGUACCGAUGGUUGCUAUUAUUACGUCAAUUGUCGUGAUCACAAUCGCAAUCAUUUUAUUAGUGCUAUUGUUUAUGCGACGCUCACAGAAAAGAAAAGGAUCAAGAAAUACCCUUGGUCCGAAUCAGCAUGUACCGUCAACAGGCCCACCGAUCAAUAAAGAUGGAGCCACCGUCUCUUACUCAGAAGGUGGUGUUGUCCACAAAUACUCAACAGCAGAGGACCAUCAAGAUCGGAGCGAAGCAUACAACAUACUUGAUGCAAAAGACAUACAUUCACCAACCGUGGUUGUCAAUGGUGUAUAUGCUGUGCCACACAAAGACGCAGCGCCAACAAAUAGUGCACAAGAUCAAGAAUAUGAUAUGCUCAAUGGCAUGGAUUCGGGAGCCUCGAAACAAAACGGAUUAGGUGGUGGUGUGUAUGCCGUACCAAAUAAGAAGGCAAAAGCACAUAAUGGGGAAACAAAUCAAGAUGUAGACGAACCUUAUGCUACACUUGAUGCUGAUGACAUGCAACCAGUGUCAGAACACCAUGGAAGAGAGUCUGAUAACGCUUUUGACGAUGCAUUAUAUGUUAACACAAAUGCACAUUGUCUGCAAGAUGAAGGUGAAGCCUAUAAUGCCCUUAAUGCUGCAGACAUGCAUUCAGACCGAGACAAUUCAGGUGAUGUAUACGACGUGCCAUACAAAGAGUCAAGUACGGGUCAACAAGAUCAUGGUGACGUCUAUGAUAUGUUGAAUGGAACACAAGUUCGUUUAGACAACGAAUAUGGCAAGCUGAAUGCUUCAGAUAAUAUGCUGGAAAAAGACGGCAUGUAUUCGUAUGUUGAGACAGAGGUAGGCGGUGGAAUUGUGACAAUGUCGCCUGGAGAAGAAGAUCAUGCUUAUGACAAACUACAGCGCAAUACAAAACUUGAUGGCGCUUCAAUAAAUGGCAAUAAUUAUAAUACACUCCAGUGGUUUAAUUGUUCAGGUCCAUCGUGUUACCUGAUAUACCCCGAUGGUGAUGGUUGGAAAUAUCAAGAUCCAGGCAAAGAAGUUCAUGUCGCGGAAAGUGAUGUAUAUGAAUCACCGAACUGCUACAAAUUUAUAAAAAAAGACAUGGAUAGAAGUUCGUGUAUUAAUGCUCAACGUGAAUGCGAACUAACAGGCGGUGGUAUAGCUGUAAUAAACAGCACCAAGGAAUACAAUCAGUUGGUAAAAAAUGUUAUCCAUAUUUUAUCGUUCUGGGCAGACAGUACAUUCAGUGUUCAUAUUCAAAACCUCCCACGGGAUAGUAGUAGCUCUAUAAGUAAUAUGUGCGCAGCAAUUGAAAUAAAGAACAGAGUUGUUAAUCGCUGGGAAAUAAAAAGCACCGAUUGUUCUACAAUUCAUUUGGUGGACACUGUCGUUUGUGAGUCUGCAGAGUUUAAUACAGAAAUAUGUCCAAUACCAGUAACCACCGAAGUGAUGCAAACAACGAAGGUACAACAGACAAGGAGUAUGUGGCCCACAGUCAACCGGUCAUUCGUUACAAAAAAAGCAACAGAAAAAUACACUUCGAUUGUAUUCAUACAUCCAUCAAAAGGAAACCAAUCUGUCAUAGAAACUGGUCCUAAUUUGUCGAUGGUUGCUAUUAUUACGUCAAUUGUCGUGAUCACAAUCGCAAUCAUUCUAUUAGUGUGCUUGUUUUUUCGACGCACACAGAAAAAAAGAUCAAGAAAUUCCCUUGGUCCGAAUCAGCAUCUACCGACAACAGGCCUACCGAUCGAUAAAGAUGGAGCCACCGUCUCAUACUCAGAAGGUGGUGUCGUCCACAAAUACUCGACAGCAGAGGACCAUCAAGAUCGGAGCGAAGCAUACAACAUACUUGAUGCAAAAGACAUACAUUCACAAACCGUAGUUUUCAAUGAUGCAUAUGCUGUGCCACAUACAAAAGACGCAGCGACAACAAAUAGUGCGCAAGAUCAAGAAUAUGAUAUGUUAAAUGUCAUGGAUUCGGGGACCGCGGUACAAAACGGAUUAAGUGGUGGUGUGUAUGCCGUACCAAAUAAGAAGUCAAAAGGACGUAAAGAUGAAACAAAGCCAUAUUUACACGAAACCUAUGAUACAUUUGAUGUUGAUGACAUGCAAGCAGUGUCAGAACAGCAUCGAAAGGAGUCUGAUGACGCUUUAGACGCUGCAUUAUAUGUUAACGCAAAUUCACAUUGUCUGCAAGAUGAAGGUGAAGCCUAUAAUGCCCUUAAUGCUGCAGACAUGCAUUCAGACCGAGACAAUUCAGGUGAUGUAUACGACGUACCAUACAAAGAGUCAAGUACGGGUCAACAAGAUCAUGGUGGCGUCUAUGAUAUGUUGAAUGGAACACAAGUUCGUUUAGACAACGAAUAUGGCAAGCUGAAUGCUUCAGAUAAUAUGCUGGAAAAAGACGGCAUGUAUUCGUAUGUUGAGACAGAGGUAGGCGGUGGAAUUGUGACAAUGUCGCCUGGAGAAGAAGAUCAUGCUUAUGACAAACUACAGCGCAAUACAAAACUUGAUGGCGCUUUGAUAAAUGACAAUAAUUAUAGUUCACUGUAGUAGAACCUUACUUCUUUCAAAUCUGCAACUCUACAGUACCAGUGGCGGAUUCAAGGGGGCCCGCCUCCCUCUCCCUAAAUUUUUCAAAAUUAUGAAAAAAAAUAGUGGAGAAGAAAAAAGAAGAUUAUAUUUUAAUUUAGUCUGAGAGUACCAUAUCCGGCCAUCUAAAGGUGCCAAAAUCAUUUUUUCUGCCUUCAACAUACUAUAACUAUAGAACAAUAGGGAACAUCAUUGUGUCCUAGUUGGUGCAAUGUGUAUCUCUUUCUUACUUCUUUCCUACUUAGGCCUACUUAAAUUUCUACUAAAAUUUGAUCUUGUUGAUUGUUUUUUAUUGUGAUCACUAAACCUCUGAUCGUUAAUUUCAUAAUAAUGAUAAUGAUACUAAUAAAAAUACUUAAUUUAAUUUGUCCUCACUCAACUUGGAAAUCGGAGAUUUGGCCUGGGACCUGGGGAUCUGCGGCACAGUGCAGCACAACCCGACGUAAUUAAGUAACGGGUACCGUACAUCAAAUACAACCCUGACAGGAUUUGGACCAGGUCUGCACAAGAAGCAGGAACAAAAACUUUUGGUUAUCCGCUCAGCGGUGGACAUUUUAUUUUAUGUUAAUAAUUAUCUGUGCUGAAGUCAAGCAGUUACGUUUAGGGGGAGGGUGGAGAAGGGGGAGAUUUCCAGUCGUAUUCAAGUUUUUUAUGGAGUUCCCCAAUGAUCAGUCCUGGGGGCUUUGUAGUAUAAUUUGUUUGUACUUGAUGUCAGACUCUAUCUCAAUGUAUUCCCCAAUAUGCUGAUUGCGCCCUUCUCUAUCGGGUUGUCAGAACACAUGACGAUGAGGUUUUUUUACAAAAUGAUCUAAAUAGUGUCUGUUCUUGGUAUAAUAAAUGUGAUUUCGUUCUUUUGAGCUAUGCGAAUUAGAACAAAAUUAAGUUCUCAAUGCGGAAGAUCGCUACGCUUCGCAGAAGUAAAGGGCGUGAAUAGGCAGUGUAUAUAAGAGCGCUGGUUGUCUUUGCACACCAAAAGGCUGCGUAGCGAGUGGUCAAGUGUAUUUAAAAAAAAAAUUAAUACAUAUUGAAAGUCUGUCGCUGUAUAUG